AUGGCGAGAAGGACCAGUUUUUUCAAGAUUUUAAUCUUCGACUUCCUUACUCGGCUGCGAAUCCCACCAGCUUUUAUAAAGAACUUGGAGGAGAAUCUACAUAAGAAAUUGCCUCGAGAGUCUGUACUUGAAACCUGUGAUGGGAGAGUUUGGCAUGUUGAUGCUGAAAAGAUUGAUGACAAUUUAUGUUUCAACAAUGGUUGGAAGCAAUUCGUGCAACAAAACUCUCUAGAGAUGGGAUACCUCAUAGUUUUCAGCUACCAUGGGAAUUUAAGAUUCAAGCUCGAAAUUUAUGGGAGAAAUUGCUGCAGAAAAAGGGAACAGCCGUUGAGAAAGCAUGAAAGGAAAACAACAGCAGGCAAACCAGUCCCUGUAUAUCGACCGAGACCGAUCCGAAAUGUUCGGAGAAAGAAUCUUGGGAACUUGAAUCAUGUGAUGAGAAGAGGUGAAGGAGGAUCUAAAGUGUUUAGUAAGUGUUCAGGUGGGAGAGCUGGUGAAGUUGAGUAUAUAGUAAUAUCUGAUAGUGAUGAUGAGGAAAGCUUGUUUGGUCAAAUGGAAAAUCCGAAGAAAACCAGUGGACUUGAAACUGACCAGAAUUACAGCUCUAGAUAUCCAUUCUUCAAAGUUACCAUGACACAUUCUUACGUGAACAGACUUUCUGUGAAUGUACCGAAAAGAUUCUUGAGGGCAAAUGGUUUGAAACGAAUAGCGAUGACCAUAAAACUCAGGGUUUCAGGUAAAACAUGGCUUGUGAACAUGUCCAAUCAUCAACGAUAUGCUAGAUUUUGCGCUGGUUGGGCCAAUUUUGCGAAGGAUAAUCGCCUGCAAGAACAGGACGUUUGCCUGUUUGAAUUGAUCGAUCGUAAAGAUGUAAGUUUUCGAGUUACUAUCUUGUCCGGAAAAAUGAUGAUGAAAGAGGUGGGAUACAAGCAAAACUGGGGUGAAGAGGCACCGUCGCUUCUCAUUAAUCCCAGAAAAUCGUCAGCCUGUCCAAGGCUAGAGACCAUUCUGGAAGAAGGGUAUGAGAAUCAUGCAGUUUUUUCCAAGAAAUUAUUGGUUGUUCUUCCCCUGGUGUUGUCUACGGCUGUCUAUUUCCUGCUAAACAAGGAUUUGACUCUCUGUGCUUGA